UGGCGCGUUCCGGUCCUUCUUUCCCCACUCUCGAGGCUUCGAUUCUACGUCAAUCCAGUCCAGCGUUGUCGCACAAGGAAAUCUGAUUCGCAACACGCGCACACACUGUUUGCUCACUUCGCUCUUCGUAGUAGCAGCAGAAGAGCCUAGAAGCCACCGGACAAGCACUCGCGCCACAAGGCUUCAACGCUUCAACUUCCAACUGAGCUUCACGCUCAUUCACGUUAGUCAGCGGUCGACGGUAUAAAACGCGCUUCGCUCUUCCGCCUCCAACGUAAACCCCUCCAACCACUUUCUUCCACAUCGAAACCAACGCGGUACACCCUCCGACCCCGCUACCACCCACGCUCGAGUCCACGAUGGCAGAAAACAACGGCACACCUCCUGCAGAUCAACCCGAUGCGCAGCAGCCUGCGAGCGAGCACUUGAACAUUAAAGUGACGGAUGGCAACAACGAAGUCUUCUUCAAGAUCAAGCGCUCCACACAGCUGAAGAAGCUCAUGGAUGCCUUUUGCGACAGACAGGGCAAGAGCCCACAAAGCGUACGCUUCCUGUUCGACGGACAGCGUGUCAACGCGACGGAUACGCCGGAUGUGCUCGACAUGCAAGACGGCGAUUCGCUCGAGGUGCACCAGGAGCAGAUCGGUGGCUGCUGAUCGUCACGCGAGAAGGAUACGAAUCAAAACAGCGGCUGAGCUCUCGGUUGGAUCAAGAGAGAUAUUUCCGAGUGGCUAUCGAGUGCUACGAGAAAAGGACGCUUGUAAACGCGUCGCUUGCCAUCUACAGGCAAGCACACAUUGAGGUCGGGGAGCAGGUGCGACCACGGACACUUCAGCCUUUAAGAUGGGCACAAGGCGCGGCGUCAUGGAGUUCCAGUUCCGCGCACAGUCAACUGUGCACGGCACUUCGCAGAUAGCUACACUGCCUGAAUUUCAAAAUCAGUUUCUAUGCCACAG